AUGGCUAAUCAAGCACAGCCCGCCCUAUUAAUAAAUUUGGCAAAUCAAAUUGUUCAACUGAUACAACAAUUGCAAGCAGCGCCUGCCCCCCAGGUUAAUGUUGCCCCUAUUCAGCCUGAGUUAAAGCAAGUAGAGUAUCCCGAGUUUGCAGGAGAAGAUCAAGAUCCUAUUUCCUGGAUGGAGGAAGUCGAGAUUGCCUUUGAAGCUAACCAAGUACAAUAUGGACGAAAAAUCCCUAUUAUUGUACCAUACUUGAAAGGGCCGGCAGCUACAUGGUGGAUGAUUCAUUGUAACCAAGCUCCCGUAAUUGACCGAUGGGAUGAUAAUACACAACCCCAAAAUAGUUUCAAGCUGACUUUUAUUCAUCAGUUUCGUACACCUGCCUUAGAGAGUAAAUGGUUCUCAGACUUGACCCAGAGAAAGCAAAGAUAUGACGAAUCAGUUGACUCCUAUUACAUCUCCAUUGAGCAAUUAAUACGAAGAGUAGAGGCAGAAGAGUUACAAUACCCAGAUACUGCCAAAGCUCAAAUGUUCAUGAAUGGUUUACAGCCCGAAUUAUUUGCAGCAGUGUUCCCUUUUCUUUUCAAUACACUUCAGGCAGCUUUUGAGAGAGCAAAAGCCUUUGAAAGUGCCCUUCGUAAGAUGUCUAACCUACCUGUCCUUCCUAUGUAUCCUCAACAGGGUAAUGGGUACCCCCAUUCUACGUAUUCGCAAACCUCACCGGUCUCACUGGCUUUGACUUCUAGGCCAGGAUCUAAGGCUGUGAUUGAAAAACUAGUGGAAGCUGUGAACAAAAUGACUAUGCAACUGCAGGAUAGGAAAAGACCCUCCUGGGAGUAUUCUAAAGAUUACCUAGCUAAGGUUGUUUGUUAUAAAUGUGGUAAACCAGGACAUAUUAGUCGAAUGUGUCAAGAAAACUCAAGUACCACCAAACACCUCGAUGGGGGUUCUGAUACCAGUGUAACAGUCAAUAAAGAGGUUCUCCAGGCUCUUCUUUCUUUAACGGACAGUAAGAAGCAAGAGGAACCAUGUAACUUAACGACCUUCCUAAAUUUGCGAGAAGAAGGCUGGCCACUGUUUAUGCCCGUGGAAAGAUGUAAGCGAAAAAAACCUUUUGUGAACACGCCCUUUAAGAAACCCCAAAAGGAUUCUGCUGAACUCAAUGAGGCUGAAAUGAAUGAAGACCCGAUUCAGGAGGAGGUGUCGAUGGACAAAGCCCCAUUAGAGGAAUUGCUAGAAGAAGAAAAUGAACUACCCCAAAUUGCAGCUCUUGUGCCCCCUUAUAAUAUUGUAGCAGAUGCUAGAGACAAACCAGCCAAUAUUACUGUGAGCCAGCUUAUUCGCAUUGCCCCUUCAUUGCGGGCUGAAUUGAAUAGAAGUUUGAAACGGAAAAAGGUUAUGCCUAAAAGAAAGUUAAAAAACAAUAUUAAUAUUAUACCAGAAAUCAGGUCAAUGGCUCUAUAUUGUGAUGCCAAGGUAUUAGAUAAAGUUUUCCCUCUUAUUGUGGACAGUGGAUCUUCUGGAAGUGUCAUCUCCUCUCAUUUCUUGAGGGAGUUAGGUAUAAAAAUUGAAAGGCCCUCUACGGUUAAUAUGAUAAAUGUGCAUGAGGAAAGUAAACGAGUGUUAGGAGAAAUUACAUCUUUUUCUUUUGAAGUAGGAGGUGUUAAGAUUCUCGUUGAUGUCAUUGUAACUGAUGCUUUGUCUUAUCAAGCUAUAGUAGAAAUGUUGUUUAAAUGGGAGGACAAAGAAAUAGUCAUUCCUGUCGAGUUUUGUCAAGUCAACUGUGAACCUUUGGAAAGAAAUAGACCUACAAAGAUUAGAGAACUGUAUGAAGAAGACAAAGAUGAAAAUAUGUCAGUCGAGACCCUUACUGAUGAAGAAGAUAAGUUCGACAAUAAAGAUCUUGAGACUCAGAUUUAUGGUAUUUCAAAUUUUGAUGAUUUUUCUCAACCAAUUCCUCUACCCAAGAUACAGGACCUUGAGUUAUAUGAAGAGCCAUUGAUGAGUUGGGACUCAGAGGAUGAUGGCUGGUUUGGUGACGAGAACUCAUCUAUUUCUUCUUCUGGUACCGAAUUGGUAUCGCUUGACUCUGAUGGAGAAACUGAUAAUAGUAGUGUUGAAGUAAUAAGCAGCUCUCUUCCUCCACCUUUCUCUGAUAACGUGAGUGAUCAUUUUAGUCAAAAACCUUCUGAAACCCUCCCAGCUUUAGAAAGCCCUUGUUACGCCCUGGUAUUGUCAACCGAUGAGUUGAUAGCAAAAAGUUAUGAACCCAUUACUGAUCUACUCGACUUUUAUUAUGACGGAAAAAUGCAGAGGUUUUAUAUCAGCACUGUUGAGAAUUUUCCCAUUCCACGAACUUUACGACAGUUGCGUGGAUUUCUCGGAUUAGCAUCUUAUUAUCGAAAAUUCAUCCCUGGUUUUACCCGUAUCGCAGCUCCUUUGAACAAUUUAUUAAAAAAGGUAAUUUCUUAUAAAUGGACUUCACGGGAACAAGGAGCCUUCGAAUUACUAAAACUGAAAUUAACUCAGGCUCCUCUUUUGGCCUAUCCAAAUUUUGAUCAUCCUAUUAUCUUAUUCACUGAUGCUUUCGAUAUCGCAUUAGGUGCCAUAUUAUCUCAAGAAGAUAAUGAAGGUCGUGAACGAGUAAUUUCUUAUGCCAGUCGAGGACUUUCAACAGCCGAAAGAAAUUAUACAACAACAGAGAAGAAGUGUCUUGCAGCUGUUUGGGCUGUUGGGUACUUCAGACAAUAUCUACAUGACCAAGUCCCUCACAUUGUCAUGAAUUCUAACGCUUUACCAGAAAAUAUAAAAAAGACUCUUGCUCUUUUACAAAAGCAAUUAAGGACGGCUCAGACUCUGGGAAGUAUAGUUAUUAGUCAGCACCGUAUUGAAUAUGGAAUUGGAAUUGAAAAAGAUGAACUAGAUAUUUCUAUAAAACCCACACAUGGAAAGAGACAGCCCGAAAGGAAGUCUGCAAACAUUUUAGCUCUCGAAAGUAUCUCGAAGUCUGGAAGAUCACCUACCGAACUUAUCAACUUUAUAUUAUACGGGGAUUUUUCGACGUUACUUGAGGAAGCUAAAUCUAUAAGGGACUUAGAAAUUGAUACUUUGCUUAAUUCAGCCCAUGAAUUAUUGAAGGUCCAAAUACAGGAAGCGGAACAUUCCUAA